CCAUUGCCUCACCUCUUCUUCAUCAAAUGGCGCCGAUCUCAGCUCCUAGAAUACUAGCCACCUCAACAUUCUCAAGACUCUUUCUUUUAUUGUCUCUCUCCAUUCUCAUGCAUUGCAAUUCGUCACAGGCAACCCAACCUCCACAAACCACCGACAUGGUGUUGUACUUCCAGGAUUUUGCUGCCGGGCCCAACGCCACUCUCAUCCCGGUCGCGGGCAUUGCCGGGAAGCUCUGGACGUUCAGCCAGUUCGGGACAGUGUUCGUCACUGAUGACUUCAUAACUGAGACGCCCGGCCCUAACUCGCCCAUGGUCGGACGGGGACAGGGCAUGUACGUGACCUCGGCGCUGGAUGGGUCAAGCACUCAUGCCAUGUUCUCGAUCGUGUUCACCAACCAAGCCUACAACGGGAGCACCCUGGAGAUCCAGGGCACGGCCAAGCAGUUUGAGGCGGUCAGGGAAUACUCGGUGGUGGGGGGGACCGGGAAGUUCCGUUUCGCACGAGGCUACACGACAUUCGAGACUAUCUCCAUGGACAUGCCGCAGGCUCACUCGAUUAUCCAGUGCAACGUCACCAUCCGUCUUGGUUAGAGGAGUUUCCAACAGG